UCGCAGCUCAGGCUGGUGUGUGUGCAGUGCUGACAGGACGCACUCAGUGGAGUGUGUCUGCGGAGGACAGCACACUGGAGGACCGGCACACUCAGGGCUCUCCAGCAGAGGGCAGCCUCAGACCGAACGCUACUCCCAUCCCGUCGGGUCGUCGAUCCGUCUGCUCUGUGAAGAUCACCCCUCUGUCCACCAUGAAAGGCUCUCCUGACCUGAUUCCUGCAGCAGAUCUGGACCCCAGUCGAGUCUGCAAAGGCAAAGGGGUGGUGACGCUGAGGGCCACGCUGGUCCACAUCGAUGACGAGGGCUGCAUCAGCGAGGGGCCGAAUGUCAUGAGCACGCCCAGCGGAUGGACGGGGCAGAUUAAUGGAGACGGCUCUAAAGCGGGAUUGGCCGAAGGAGGCAGCAACAGCACAGCUGAUUUACCGCCUGUAAACAACUUCCAGUGCCAGGCCAAUUCCCCUGAAAGUAUAAAAGAAAACCAGGUUCCAAACUGUGUAUCGUCACCGUCCAGUUCUGUUUAUCCGUGUACGAGCACCGUCAACCCGACCAUCGUCCUCCUGCAGCACAACAGAGAGCAGCAAAAGCAUCUUUCUCAUUUGGAAGACCCAACCCCAGAACGAGACAAAAGCCCGGAUCCGGGUCGAGACUCGUUCAGUCCGGUCCAGGAUAUGGACGGGAAGAGGCUGCGACUGUCGCUUCAUUCUCCUGUCCUCGGUCCAGUCAACAGGCCCAUUGUUCCGGUCCGGAACACGGAAAAGUCCAAAGACUGGUAUAAGACCAUGUUCAAGCAGAUCCACAGAAUCCCAGAGCCUAUUGAAGAAAACCCUUACCGCCCCACCUACAUUUUCCCCGACAGCUAUGACAUUCACAUGAGAUCUAAAGAUGAUGCUCCCACUCCGUUCGGCUACUUGGAAGAAGUCAAACCCGUCCCACGCUCAAAGAGUGAUGCAGAGGUGGACUCCAGAGGACGUUCCAUGCCCGUGCCAACGCGCUCUUCUUCCCUUAAACCAAUGGCCAAAAGGAACGAGUGGGAGCCCCCGGAUAAGAAGGUAGACACCAGGAAGUACCGCGCCGAGCCCAAGAGCAUCUUCGAGUACGAGCCUGGGAAAUCAUCGGUGCUGAAGCUGGAGAGAACGACUAAGGAUGUAAGUCCAGAAGAUGUAGAUUUAGAGAAUGAGCCUUGGUAUAAAUUCUUUUCAGAGAUGGAGUUUGACAAAGCGAGUGCCCCCUCUUUCAGCCCCCUGGAAACAGCCUCCGACCUGCAGCAAUACUCCUCAAGCCAGUCCGGACACAGCGAGGUGGAGAAGGACCGAGGAUCUUCGACGGGCGAGCCAGCGCCUCCAGAAUGCGACCGCCAUGUUUACAAGAGCGUCCUGGAGGGCGGCGACAUUCCCUUACAAGGUCUUCGGGCCCUAAACAAGCGUCAGAUGAGCUCCUCCUCCUCUAAAGUGGAUUAUAAAGGUGGGAAUGGCUAUAUAAUUUCACCCUGCUCCUCUGUAAAUAGUCGAUCGGUUCUUGCCAGUAAUGCAAUAGGUAACCAGUGUAAGAGUAAGAAGCCUCUUUCUGCUGCCAAAGUCUGCAUACCCCAAAUCCUGCCCUCUAAGUUCAAGCCCAAGCUGCUGACCCCCAGUGGUGACAGUCAGAACAGCAGGACUAAAGCCAGCAGGCACCCCAAGGCCCACAGCUGCGAGGAUCUGUACAUCGGGUCAUGUGACGCAGACGGACAGGACCGUCAUUUGGACGCUGGCGCCGACAGCGGGGACGGCCUCGGGAAUGCGCCCCCCGCGGUCAGGAGGAGCGCCUCGGAGUUCUCCAGCCUGUACAAGACCAUGCAUCACAUCCAGCGGCCCAGCUCGGCCGGCUGCAGCCCCCACGGCAGCGUCCGCAGCCUGGCCUCGCUGUUCGAGAAGUCGAAGGUGGACGGCGGCGAAAGGUCAGAGGCCGACGAGGGGGGGAACAUUCCACGGGACGCAGUAUCCUCGCGGGUCACCGAGUUUGAAAUGAUCAUUCAGCGGUGCAACUCGGCCCCCAGUCGCUCCUCCUCCCUCCCCACCCUGAACUCCAGCCACAGCCACAGCCCCGACCACAGCCCCGCCCACCUCUACAUGGCGUCUGCAGUGUCAGCGGAGUCUCUUUUGGUCCCCGACGCCACCCAGGCUGAUGGCUGCGGCCCGGUGGAGGCAGAAGGCCAGCAGGUGGGGGUAGAGGGGGUGGAGGCCUCGUUUCCAGAGGCAGCAGCAGCGGCGGUGGAGGAGGCAUCCGCUGAAGAGAACGGACGCAACGCCAGGACGGAGUCGCCCUCCGCCACUGAGGCCGAGGUGGAGCAGAUCUUGAGUAAAACCUCCUCAGACCAGACCCAGAUCAGUGCGUCUAAGAGCCCCUCGUCGUUCCUGACACCAUCACCGCACCCCCACCACCCCCACCACCACCACCACCACCACCUGCUGCACCACCUCAACCACCAGCUCCUCAAACCCAGUAAAUGUAAAGGCUCCUGCCCGGCCUCCUACACCCGCUUCACCACCAUCCUCCGACACGAGAGGCAGCAGGCCACCGCCCAACAGGACCGACCGCCGCCGCCUCCGUCUGAGAAGAAGACCACCCUCCCCGGUAACCUCUUCCUCAUGGGCCCCGCCCCUUUCAGGUUACGGAAAAACCUGCAGUCCCACCAGUCCAGGAGGACCCUGUCGGCCACUAAGGUGCCAGCGGGCGCCCAGAGGCCCUGCAGCCUAUCCCCGGAGCUCAGACCCCUCAUCCCUCAGCGCCUGUCCUCCCUGGAGGUCCUGGAGAGGCUGAGUAACGGGGACGGAGCCAACACUGACCACCUGAGUAACGGUCAGAGCUUGGACGCCAACGGGAACCUACUGCAGCCGCUGGCCGCUCACCGCAGAGAUUCGUCCCCAGCUCACGGGGAAAACCAGGAUGAAGUUUUACGGAGGCGUCACGGAGAUAAAGAGAAAAUCCUGGAGGAGCAGCGGCGGUUGAAGCGGGAACAGGAAGAGGCCGACACGGCGUCACGGCGGCACACGGGCAUCGUCCCCACGCAUCAUCAGUUCAUCACCAACGAACGCUUCGGAGACCUGCUCAACAUCACAGAUAACACCGAGAAGAGGAAAUCAGGCGUGGAGAGAACUCCAGCCAUGGCCCGCUUCGACUUCAGAGCAGAAAGUCUAAAGGAGCUACCGUUUCAGAAGGGAGACAUCGUGUACAUCAUUCGACAGGUGGAUCAGAACUGGUAUGAGGGAGAACAUCACGGAAGAGUCGGCAUUUUCCCUCGAAGUUAUGUUGAGCUUCUUCCCCCCACAGAAAAAGCCCAGCCAAAAAAAAGUGCCCCCGUUCAGGUGUUGGAAUAUGGAGAGGCUGUCGCUCGCUUCAACUUCACCGGAGACACGGUGGUAGAAAUGUCCUUCAGAAAGGGAGAGAGGAUCACUCUGAUUCGUCGAGUCGAUGAAAACUGGUAUGAAGGAAAAAUCUCAGGCACCAACCGCCAAGGCAUCUUCCCCGUCACCUACGUGGAAGUCCACAAACGGCCUCGCGUCAAAAACGGCGUGGAGUAUCCUGACCCUCCAGUCAGCCAGUCGCCACAGCGCAGCACCAACGCCUCCCCUCAGCUGUAUCGUAAUCGACUGACCACCUCCCCCCUGCCCCUCCCUCGCUCCCCCCGCCGCUCCGUGUCCCCUGAAGUCCACGCCAUCUCCUCUGAGUGGAUCUCCCUGACCGUGGGAGGUGGGAGCCCCCCCGCCGCCCCCACCCCUCCCCUGCCGCCGCUGCCCACCGUGUCCUACCGCUGCGGCGAGUACCUGCCCCCGCCCUACUCCGCCAGCCCCGUGCCCCCCAUCACCGGCAGCCCCUACACUGUCUCCCCCACCGCCUCCCCGUCGGCCUCCCCCCUGCCUCCACCGUACCCCCCCAGACCCAGCUCCGCCACCCCCUUCGUCACGUUCACCCCGCCUCAAGGGGAGGACUUCCUGCUCUUCCCUCCGUCCCCUCACCUGUCCCGCAGCGUGAGCCCGAGCGGGGGGCCGGUGCUGGAGGGGUGGCUGAGGGGGGACAAGGAGCUGACCGAGGGGGACGGAGCGGAGGGGGACAGGGGCGGGGUCCGCGCACCCCCAGGCAGCAGGCGAAAAAGCCCUGCAGAGCUUGUCAAAAAUGAGAUUGACCAUCACGGACGGAGCUCCAGAAGCCCUGUGAUGCUGUUCGACAUCCAGGACAACAACAACGUGAACUCAUUUGCGGAGGCAGUGUGUAAUGAGAUCUUGAAUAUCGCUGAGACCUCGGUGAGGUACUGCAGCACCCUGUCCCACCACCCUCAUGACUCUCUCCAUAGACUGCACCCCCACCCCAGUAAACAAUCUCUCAUCAUUUCCCAGCAACCCCAGUCCCACAGCAGCAGCCCGGAGCCCAGCCGUCUCAACUGUGGAAUUUUCAAGGCUUUGUACAGUUACGUGCCGCAGAACGACGAUGAGCUGGAACUGCAGGAAGGAGAUCUUGUCAGCGUCAUGGAGAAGUGUGAUGACGGCUGGUUUGUUGGUACCUCAAGGAGGACAAAACAGUUCGGGACUUUCCCUGGGAAUUACGUGAAGGAGGUGAAACUGUAAAGAAAACUAAUCUGGCUGUAACACACGGUUGCCUGUCGAGCUUGGGAAGUCAUUACUAUCGCGCAUGGCUGUUGGUUAGAAUAGUCCUUUAAGCCCGGCGAAUCCAUUUGUCUGGGAAAGUGAUCGGUUCGGUCCGAGGUAUGUCAAACUGCAGGAGGAGGAGGAGGAGGAGAACGCUGUUGACUCACUGCCCAAAACCUCAGUACGGUGUAAACCUUGACCACAUUUUACACACUUCUGUCCAGAAUUUGUCUGCCUCCAGAUGUGGAAUUUCUCUGUGAAAAACCUAAAACCACAAACUAGCUUUUAAUGUACAGAUAAUAACAUCGUCCAUGUAAUUCACAGAACAAGUGUUUACGUAGCAGCAGCAGAGCAGUGUAUGGAUCAAAGAGUGGAUCUUUUUACCUGAACUGGAUUAUGAAAGGUCAGAAUGUAUUUUUACAGGAGGUGGUGUUGGAGCUGACGGACAUAAGCUACCUUUCAGGGCCAGGGAUGGUUAUUAUUAUCAUUAUUAUUAUUAAUAUUAUUAUUAUUGUGAAGUAUGAUGCAAACCAUACUUUCAUGAGUCGGUUUAAACCCUUAAACACUGGUUCCAUAAGAUGUUUUCCAGUUUGUUUAGACCAGAUAAAUGGUGUUUUUCCCUCUGCAUGGUACCGGCUCACAUCGACUUGUCAGACAUUUUGGGAAGAAAUUGUAGCUGCAUAUACAGAUUUCCUUUUCUUAUUUGUCAGACAGAUGGAAAAAGAGUUAGUUCUUUUAAGAAUUAAUGAAAUCUUUUAACAACUAGAAAAGCACUCGGAGAGCGCAGACCUCUGCCAAGCGCAAAAAUUCCCCACAUAAUCGGUGAUACAAAUCCUACAUUUAUUUUUUAAAAUAAAAUCCGCCUUCUGGAUCAGAUCCGGA